AUGGAGUGUCCCCAGUGGUCAGUUGAAACCUGCAAUAGCAAAACAACUACUACAUCUUCAGGUUUUGGGCGUGCGACCCCUGACAUUAGAGUGUAUCGAGGUCUCGAAGGACAUGGACACCUACGCUUGUCACUGGACAAAUUCGGCCAAAGGAACGACCUCAACAGCAGCAACUUCGAGCUUGGUCGCGCCCAGGUGUACUACACCUCAAGUUUGUUUGAAGUGCGACUCAACGGCACUCAGCCUGCUCAAGUUACAGCCAACACCAACACAGGCCCGACAAGUGCUACCCUCUUGAGUGCCACUCGCCGCCUUGGCAGCAACGAUACGAUGGAAGAAGAAUGUCACAUCGCAACCAUGGAUAUGACUGCAGUAGUGUCGCCACCAGAGCUGCGCAGGACGAUCCUAUGGGUCCUCACCACCAAGCACUCGCCACAGCUUCACUCGUCCGCUAUCAGUUUCAUCACUUCGACACUUGCACAAAACGGCCUUCUAGAUCAGCCACUUGAAUGGGAGGAAGCCAUUGAUGCUCUCUCGCAGGGCAUAGUUGAUGGACAGUCGGACGUAGACCCGCACUUUUCUCGAGGAGCAACUCGUGGCGGCAAUCAGAAUGUAGACAUGGGACCAUCAGAUGUAGUUAUGGCAGCAGCGCUCGAGCAGGUCUAUUCCAGACUAGUCGUAGCAGACUCAGCAGCACAUACAACUCAAGGCGCUCUCGCAUCGACUUUUUUAGCUAAUGAUGCACCCGCACCAAGUCGAGCUGGCACAUCCGCGCCGUGGCGAGGAGCUAUCCCUGUCAGAGAAGAAGCUGCUUUCCAAGUCCACGAAGCCAACCACUCCGACCUCUGCAUUGUCAUCUUCUCCGAUCUCUCGACCAUCGUCACCUCGACAGAAGCCGCCUUCUACACUGACGUCUGGAAGGAUGCCUUGGAUGAUAUCGGCUACGGCUCGGAAGGUAGCCUGCGACCAAAUGACCAUCAGACCCACGUGGUCAAGAUGCACAAUCAACCCCUGCUCCUCCGCCAAGGCUGCACACAUCUUCAAGUCGCUCCCCAAUUCCGUGGUGGUGUCGUGGAGUCAAGAAAUCUGUGA